CCCGGGAACAGAACUUCCUCAAAUACAACCUGGAAGGGCAUCUUCUCACCUGGUAUGGCAACCUGAGACACCAGCCAUGAUGUCAAGAUAUGGCGACCUUGGACCAGGUGUGAUGAUGCAGAAUCCCAUCUAUGACUACCCAAGACCAUCUGUUGGGGGACUGAAUGGGUCCUUGUAUGAACCUGAAAGAACAAACCUCAGCUUCUUGGACCAGUUGCGGUCCACCCCAGUCAGAGCAUACACACAACCUUCUCCCCAUGGGGGUGUACAGCAGCCAAUGGCACAGCCAUCCCAGCAACCAACCACAGGGCAACAGCCAAGCCAGGAACCAAUCACAGAGCACAGCCUGCCUGGAGUGAUGUCAUCACUAACCAAUGACCAAAGAGAUACCUUGUUGCAGCUAAUUCGCGAGGAAUAUGGAAAAUUAGAAGAAGAGAGAGCAACUAAAAAAUAAUGAUACAUGGUACUA